AUGACCCCUUUAGCUUUUACUGGUCUGUGUGAGAUUUUAGUUAGAGAUGGAGGUCUUAGACCAACACUUCAAGUUACAGUUGAAGAAAAAGUUGCAAAAACACUUUACUUGUUGGCACAUAAUGUGACAAAUCGCAAGCUAUCUUUCAUCUUUCGAUGGUCCGGAGAGUUUGUCAGUCGUCAUUUUCAUGUUGUCCUCAGAGCUGUCUUGGGAUUAUAUGAAAAAUUUAUUAAACAACCUGAUGGUUCCCAUAAUUGUAUUGGUGCAAUUGAUGGAACACAUAUACGUGUUAAAGUUUCACAACAUGAAGCACCAAAAUAUCAUGGGAGGAAAGAUUAUCCAACUCAAAAUGUACUAGCUGCAUGUACAUUUGAUUUAAAAUUCACAUAUGUGUUAGCUGGGUGGGAAGGUACAGAGUCUGAUUCAAGAAUCAUGAAAGAAGCACUAAAUAGCCAAGAUUCACUAAAAAUUCCAGAAGAACGAGCAUUUGGAGUUCUUAAAAAGAGAUUCCCCAUAAUUUCUAGCUCAAUUGAAUCAUCAUAUGGAAUUGAAACCCAAAAGUUGAUUAUAUUUGCAUGUUGUGUCUUGCACAACUAUUUAAGAGGUGUAGAUCCAAAUGAUGAGUUACUCGCUCAAGUUGAUGUACAGCUUAUGAAUGAUAACACCGUGCAUGAAGAACCUCCAAAUUCUAGGGAGAUGGUUGAUAUGGUGAAAAAGACAAAAGAAUUCACUUCAAGUUAUCUAAACGUACAAGAUAAUUCUGUAUGUAAUUGGACAAAUACGACGAAUGACACAUUAGUUGAUGCCUACUGUCACGGGGAUGCAAUUGGAAAUAGGGUAGGAGGAACUUUUACUAUGCACGCAAUGGAUAACAUUGUGAAGAAGAUACAAUCCAAAUUUUUGGAUAGGGUUAUUAACAAGGAAAAAAAUCAUAAUCGGAUGAAAGCAAUCAAAAGGCAAUUCACCAAGUAUAAUGACAUAUUUCAUCAUUCGGGAAUGAGCAGAUUUGCAUGGGAUCCUAUCACACAUAAGUGGGAUGCUAAACCUGAAGUACGGGAUCAAUUAACUCAGCUAGUGAUGUUGUAUGGAAAGGACAGAGCUACUGGAAAGCAUGCUGAGACUGGUUUAGAUAUGUUAAAAAGGAAUGCUUAUAAGAAUCCAAGAAAAUUAAGUGUUGAUUCAUUGACUAUUGAUGAGAUAGAUGACAUCGAUUUUAUAAAUAUUGACUCAUUGAAAGAUACGGUGGGACAUGAACAGGGCGACCAAAGUCAAGAAACUAAUGACGUGCCACAACUAAUAUCUAUUCAGAAGUACUAG